AUGGGGAAUGCAGAAUGUCGACAAAAUACGGGGAGGAGUUGUUCUGAAGACGACUCUCCUGCCCUUUCUUUUGAUGAGAAUUUUCCAAAUUAUAACGAAACUACAAUUAAUAGAGGAACUAUUGUCAGUCCGAAGCCUCAGUUGAAGUUCCAUUCAAUUUGUGGUACCAACAUAGUUUUACUUCGAGAUGGAAGGGUUGCUAAACGUCGGGAAUCGUUCUGCAAAGGUUUAGCUUUCAGUAAUAGACCCAUUGGUAUUGGAGAAAUUGUGUGUAUUCGUUUAUGUGAAGUUGGGAAUAAUUGGUCGGGGGUUAUGAGGUUUGGUGUGACGAACGUUGAUCCUGCAAGUUUCCGAGACAUUGAACUUCCAAAAUUUGCCUGCCCCGAUUUAACCUCAAAAGGCGGUUAUUGGGCUAAAUCACUUGCUGAACGAUUUUCCGUCCAAGGCUUAAUUCUUCAUUUUUUUAUUAAUGACAGUGGAGAAAUGCAUUAUGGAGUAAAUGGAGUACAUAAAGGACUCUUCUUGAGUGGAAUAAAUGUAAAUUCUCCAUUGUGGACAAUUGUUGAUAUUUAUGGAAAUUCUGUAGCUGUUGAAUUUGUUGGUAUGAAUUUCUUUGUUUAA